CGUCACCGCUGCGGAGGCACUCGGGCUCCGAAGUACUACACUCUGGUGCGCUCCCUGUCCGCAGUGCCGGCUCCACAGUCUGGCGCAGGGGCGCAUGGCGCAGAGGCUGGGUGAGCGAGUACGGGACCCCACCGAGGCCACGGGUCUCUACCGGGCCGUGCUGCUCAGGUCCGCCUCGAUGUACUCAGAGAUCCAGAGGGAGCGGGCAGACAUCGGAGGCCUGAUGGCCCGGCCCGAAUACAGAGAAUGGAACCCAGAGCUCAUCAAGCCCAAGAAGCUGCUGAACCCCGUGAAGGCCUCCCGGAGCCACCAGGAGCUGCACCGAGAGCUGCUCAUGAACCACAGAAGGGGCCUGGGUGUGGACAGCAAGCCAGAGCUGCAGCGGGUCCUGGAGCACCGCAGGCGGAACCAGCUCAUCAAGAAGAAGAAGGAAGAGCUGGAGGCCAAGCGGCUGCAGUGCCCCUUUGAGCAGGAGCUGCUGAGACGGCAGCAGAGGCUGAACCAGCUGGAAAAACCACCAGAAAAGGAAGAAGACCAUGCCCCCGAGUUUAUGAAAGUCAGGGAGAACCUGCGGAGAAUCGCAACGCUCACCAGCGAAGAGAGAGCUCUGUAGAGGGGGCUGUUGACGCUCCAGCCCCCCCGCCAAGCCCGCCUGCAGCCCUUCCGCACCUGCCAGCCCCGGGCCCCCAGCCUGGGGCCAUCUGCAAUGAUGUUCACGCUUGCUCUUGUGAAAAUGCCCCAGAGAGCCUGGGCCCUCCUUCCCACCCCUAAAGAAGCCGGGGGGGGGGGGGGGGGGGGGGGGGGGGGGGGGGGGGGGGGGCUAAGCUCCCUGGCUUUUCCUUCUGAGCACUCACCGCUUCUGCUCCAAAAGGAAGCUGUUGCCGAGAAAACUUUCCCAAGGCACCUCUCCCGGAAGCUCUGUUGAGAUUCUCCUGGCAGAACUGGGAAGGAUUGAGAGGCCCCUCUUUGGCCUGACCAGCCCUCCAUCUUGCCCAGGCCCCACGGGCCCCUGCUUCUCUGGACAGCCCAGCUCCCUGCUCUCCGAAAGCUUCCCUGACUGUGGUUUCCCCUGCGGUCAGGUGGGGGGCAUUGAAGUAGAGCCUCUCAGAACACCUGCCCUGAAAGCCAGUUGAGGGGAAUAUGGUUCAAGUGCAGCUGUCCUUGGGGAGGAAGGGCAGGGCAGCUCCAAAGGCAAGCCGCCAGGUUGCAAGGGUACUGACAAGGAAAACUUCUCAGUUUGCCAGCUUCCCCCACACCCAGGCGCUUGCUUUCUCCCCUCUGGGGCCUCCCUGUCUGGGCCUGGUAACCACACCUAACCAGGGCUGCGGCCUUCCUGCUCCCCAAAGUCUAGAACAGUGCUUCUCACACUUGCUUGUGCCUAUAAAUCACUGGGGGUCGUGUUACAGGACAGCUUGUGGUUCAGGAGAUCUGGGCUGGGGACUGAGAGUCUGCGUUUCCAAACAGCUCCUGGGCUGGGGCUCUCACCACCACCCUGUAAGCAGCCAGGGACAGUAAAUACUGGAAACUCAUCCCUGAAGCCACCUCUGCCCUGAAGGGGUUCCCCGCUCUGCCCCUGCAGCCCCAAGGGCUCUCGAAUAUCCAUCCCAUUCCAGGGUCGCCAGACCUGGGAAGACAUUUGCCCAGCAAAUUAUGUUCAUUUCAUAAUUGCCAUUGUCACUGGAGAGGUCUAUCAUUGCCAAUCUGCAUUUUCUUACCCCACUGUUCUGAUGCAAUUCUAGCAAAAAAAAAAAAAAAAAAAAAUAUUUUCCCUUUUCCCGAAGUCUAUGGAGAACAAAUAUACAGUGAUUUCCAUGGGUUUCUGGAAAUACGAACGGUGGUUCAUAGGCUCCUUUGAGUCCCCAUUUCCAGUUCCUGCACCGGCUCCCUGCUUGGUUUCCACCACCUGAGCUCCAGUGACGUCUCUCAUUCUUCCUCAAAACCCUCCCCACGCGAGACCACGUGUGUCAACCUUCUGCUUCUAGCCCACUGUUAAUGAUUUAGAGAAGAAACCAGGCCAGUUUCUUCCCUGCCCCGUGAGGGAUAAAAUCCCUGCCCUCUGGCCUUGCAACCCCUUCAUUUAAGGGGAUAGGGCAGUGCUAGAAAAGCAUUUCCUUCCACGGCCUCUCCCCGCCAAAAACGGCCAGAAAAGGCUGCUGCUGGAACGCUAUUUUAUUCUCGGACCAAACGUGGGACGUUCAGCAGGAAAGGGGUCAUCCUGGUCUCAACCCCUAACUGAGUGGUUUGAGGUUGACCAAGACGGUGCCCUUUUCCUGGGUGGGGUGCCCACCAGUGUAAAUAGACAUGCUGCCUGCCGGGGUGUGUGUGUGUGUGUGUGUAUGCAAGCCAGGCUCUAAAAGGCUCGAGACUCUGUCUUAGUGAGAACGUGGUCAUGGUAUUUUCAUGUCUGCCUCUUGAGAGCAAGUGUAAAGCACAAUCCCCAAAUAAAGACCACCAUUUCACCAAAGACAUCUCCCCCUGAGGUCUGUGUGUUGCUCAGACAUAUGACAAGAAGCAGGACAGAGCAUCUGGGAUGGAGCAAGCCCCUCGGAGAGGAUGGCUCGGAUUCCACUCAGUGCUCCCCAGAGGUGCUCUGUGGAAGCGGCAAGCCACGGAGAUGAAACUUCACAUCAUCCAGUGGGGCCUCGGCAGCCACCCACAUCUACGCCCCUUCUCUCUAGCUGCCUCCCACUGUGGAGGUUAUAAAUCCCAACUCCCACUGUUCCAGAUUCCUUUGCAGCUUGGGGGGACAUAUGAACAGGUAUGGCCAGUGAAAUUUAAGAGGAACUGUACAGGGGCUUUUGGGAGAGUUUAUGCUUUUCUGCUAAAAGAGG